AUGCUGGUUAUCUACAUAGGACUGCUCCUCUUAGGUGUGUCCUGGGCAGCACCAACAUUUCGACCUCAGACGAAGGAAACCCAGCGAGGCUGUGUGGAAGAGCAGAGGAUGACGUACAAAGGCCACCAUGAGAAGCAUGGGCAUUACAUUUUUAAGUGUGUUUACACACUGCCUGGGAAGAAAAAUCAAACCAACGUAAAGGAAGAAGAGAAGAAAGACAAAGAGAAUGCUGCUCUCGACCAUUUUGACAAGAGAAGAAAUCAGCAGCCGUCACCUAAAGAUACUGUGCAGGAAAGAGAUCUGGCCCUUUUGGAAACCAUUGGAAAGGACCGGAGUGUUAAAUCUCAAACGCCUUCCGCAAAUAGGCAGACCCUGAAUGAAGACCUCAGCGUUAUUACCACCGGUGUCCACAAUGACCUAGCAAUGUCCAUUUAUCCCGAACCCACUGGGGACAGAGGGGUUGAGGAUGGAGAUGAUACCACUGGCAAAUUCCAUGACCAGGAAGAGUACAGUACAGGGCUCAUUGGAAAGAAUACACAACACACCAUGGGGCCCGUGAUGGUGACUGGAGCCCUGGGGGAAGAAAACCGAAAGAGUAAACUUAGGAACGUUGUAAGGAACAUUCCAGAAGGUAUUCACUAUGCCAAAAUCCACUCAAAAGAAAAAAGGAGCCAUCAAAGAGAUUCUCAAGUGCAGAGUAGUCCAAUAAAAAGCAAGAGCAUCCGUCACAUCCAACACAAUGCUGAUUACCUAAAACAGCUCCCCAAAGUCAAAAAGGUCUCUAGGGAUUUUGAAGGCAGUGGUUACACAGAUCUUCAAGGGAGAGGGGACAAUGACAUCACCCCAUUCAGUGGAGAUGGCCAACCUUCCAAGGACAUUCCUCGUAAAGGAGGAGUGAUUGGUCCCGACCCAGGAGGUAUAGAUGUCCAAACAGGGUUUUCAGGUCCAAGGAAAGCUGAGGCUAUUGAUCCCGACACAAAAGGACCAGGCUAUAAUGAGAUCCCAGAGAUAGAAGAAAAUGGUGGCAAUGCCUUUGGAACCAGAGAUCAAACAGCGAAAGAGGCUACUGAUGUCAGCCUUGCAGAGGGCAGCAAUGACAUCAUAGGUAGUACCAAUUUUAAGAAACUCCCCGGAAAAGAAGGAAACAGAGUGGAUGCUGACAGCCAAAAUGCCCACCAAGGAAAAGUCGAAUUUCAUUUCCCUCAGGCACCCUCAAAAGAAAAAGGGAAAGAAGGCAGUCGUGAUGCAACCCCAAGUACCAAUUACAAUGAAAUUCCUAAGAAUGGCAAAGGGAGCAGCAGAAAAGGUACGGGACACUCUGAUAGAAACCAAGUAAAAGCACAUGAAAGCCAAAGAUUUUCUGCCAAGGGCAAAAGUCAAGACUUGCUCAGUCCUUCUCAUGGUCUUGAUAAUGAAAUGAAAAAUGAAAUAGGUUCCCAUGGUGGCCCCAAUAACAAAGGGAAUACAAUAACACACAGCAGAAAAAAUCAUUAUGUACCUCACCCACAAGACAAUGAGGCAUGGAAUAACGGUGUGCCACAAAGGAAAGGCUCUUGGGGUUACAGAAGAUCCCAUUCCAAUAGGAGUUUUAGGCUCCGUAAAAAGGACGACAGCAGUGAAUCAUCAGACAGCGGCAGUUCAAGUGAGAGUGACGGUGACUAG